AGAAGCUCUUGGCGACUCAGCGCUGGGGUCAUCGCUUGAUGGCGCCCUGUACGCCUAGGCGCCGCCUUACGGUGGAUGAGGAGCUAAGUGACUGGUCCGCAUGCCGCACCCUGUCGGCGCCCUCCUCCUGGAGCCCUGCCCGGAGCUGCGCCGAGAGCGGCGCUGAGCGGAGCGCGCCGAGCCCUGGCCGCGGAAGCGGCGGAAGAGGGCGGCGCUCCAUCUCGGAGCUGUCGCUGCUGGCGCGGAUGACCCCGGAGAACCUCAAGCUGCGGGGCCUGGGGCUGCCCUGGCGCGGCGGCAGCGCCGGGGGCGCCGGCGCCGGCGGCGGCCUCUGCCGCGCCGACAUCGGCGGCGAGGGCCGGAGGAUCUGCCUGAUCCCAACGCCCGAGCUGAACCGCCGAAGCUCGAGGGCCCCCCGGUCCCCCCGGUCCCCGCGGUCCCCCGUGCGCGCCUUUGCCGCGCGGGUGCGGGAGGCCUCCCUUUGCCUGAGCCCGGAUUCCGAUGAGCUGACCUCACCGCUGUUCUCCCCGACGCGGUGCUCAGAGCUCCGAGGCUUUCAGCCAGUCGCCCCGGCCAAGCAGAUUGACAGGUCCAUCAUUUCCGGGCCGCAGGUCAAGGUGCGCCGCUGUGAUGGAGGCAUGUCAGUGACUUGCCCUCGCCGGUGACUGCGCAGUGACCGCAGUGAGGGCCGUCCAAAUUCGGUGCAUGCGAAUGCCGCGCCCGGCCAAAUCCGAGGUCUCUUCCCGCGUGAUUUCUCUACCAGCUUUUAGUUGGCCGUGAAUGUUAAAU